CAAGGGGGGUGAGUCAAUUAAGCUGUCAGAUUGUCAGAAUUUAUAGAUAAAAGUUUAGCUUUAACUUAGGUGUGGUACUCUGCCAUUUUUAGUGAAAAUAUAGCAAUGUCGGCGACUCUGAAACCAUAUCUAACGGCCGUGCGCCAUACACUAACUGCCGCGAUGUGUUUAGAGCAUUUCUCAUCGCAGGUCGUGGAGCGAUACAACAAGCCCGAGGUCGAGGUUAGAACGAGUAAAGAACUCUUGCUGAAUCCCGUCGUCAUAUCUCGUAAUGCCAACGAGAAAGUGCUAAUAGAGUCCUCCAUAAACUCUAUUAGAGUGAGUAUUAUGAUCAAACAGGCCGAUGAGAUUGAGAAGAUCUUGUGUAAAAAGUUCAUGCGUUUCAUGAUGAUGCGCGCAGAGAACUUCAUCGUUUUGAGGCGGAAACCCGUCGACGGGUACAACAUCAGCUUCCUGAUCACCAACUUCCACACGGAACAGAUGUUCAAGCACAAAUUAGUGGAUUUCGUUAUAUAUUUCAUGGAAGAAAUUGAUAAGGAAAUCAGUGAAAUGAAACUGGCGGUUAACGCUCGCGCACGUAUUUGUUCCGAGGAGUUUUUGAAGCGUUUCUAAGUGGAUUAUACUGGUAUAGACUAUGAUGAGGCUGCCAAAGCCCCAAGCUUAGUUCCCACCCUUCUACCGUUAAGCUCAAAUGUGGGUGAGGCACAAGCCUUAUUGUGGUGCACUUGGUACUUGAUAAUUUAGUGACUGAUGUGAUUCUUAAUUUAUAUACAAUUUAUGUUACAUGACAAGCAAAGCUCUGUGGGUUUAAUGCAUGUAGAUAAUGUUUGGUAAAGUCUAAAUAAUGCCUUUUUGCCCAAUAUAUUGCUGGUCCAAUAUUACCGGGUUCUGUUUCACUUUUAUCUAACUGAAAAUUGAACAUUGUCAAUUAAGUUGAAUUUCAACUAUCUUGAAAAUGUAACAUAGAACCCUGUAAUAUUAGGUCAGCAAGAUUAUAUUCCACUGCAUAUGAGCAUUGUGUUCCGUUGCUUGAUAGGUAUCAAAGUACACUAGUACGGAUAUGAUGGUCGUAUUUGUCUACAUGACAUCGUGAUAAAACGGUGUCCGUCUCUUUCUAUUCCACAGAGUUAAAAAGUGACAGUUGUUUUAUCACAUGGAUAAAUGUGGAUAAAGCGAUCCAUAAUAGGCUUGCAGAAGGCUAUUAAACUCUGGAAGACUUUAGUAGCCUUGUAGUUUGAAAGGUACCAAAACUAUAAAAGAAAAAAGCAUUGCAAAAUGCAGAAUGAUAUGUUUUAUCUUUUCCUACUCUUUUUCCCUGGUUGUAAUGGUAUAAUGGCUGGUGACACCCAUGACUUAUAGUAUACCUAGUUGUCAGUGAGGCCCAUAACCUAUAGGAUGCAUUUGUUUUAUUACUUGAAAACAAACAAAGGCAAACGGGAGUGAUACCACCAGUUAUCCGUAUUUAUUUUUAGCAAAAAUUAUCUGUGCCAAUUUAACUUGAAUUUAUAUUACUUUGCUUUUAUCUAAAUUAUUUGGAGUUAAAUAAUUACUAGCCCAAGUAAGCUUGUCUGGCUGAAAGGUUGAGGAGAGUUUAACCUCUCAUGUGCCGCAGUUUUUUUAAUAUACAUUAUUGGCUUACAAGUGCUUAAAUACUUUAGAAGAAAUAUAAUAUUGUAUAGCUAUCAUAAACACAAGCAUUUAAAAGUAUUGUGAUGGGAGAACUUAGUGCCAGUACUGCCAGUCAUGUUUUAGCCUAUCUUGGCUUGGUAUUUUAAUGUCCAACUUUAAUUUGUUAUUUUUUUUCAUACUUAUAAAAUAUUAAAUUAAGCUUUGAUCUCUUCCUCUAAUAAGUUUGGUUCCACAGGGUUUUGCUGUAUACAUAUACUUACGUCAUAAUUUUUUUGUCUUUUUCUUACAAAUAGAAAGAGAAAGCAACAGGUAUAACACAAACAUAGGAUUAUAACCAGUGCUUAAAAUAAUGGUAUUAAUAUAAAUAAAAAAUAAGUUUAUUCAGUAACUUGCUUUCCCAACUUUGUGAUGCUACUCAUUCCUAAUCUAAGGCAUUUUAUAGGAUUUUAUUAUAAUUGUAUAUUAUGUUAGCAAAUCAAUGGCUCCUUGUUGAACAUUACAAAAGUAGCCGGGUCCAUACGCGCGUAUGCUUGCUCUGUGUGGGCCCGGCUAAUUAUUAAUCCCUUGAUCACCAAAGACGUCAACUGACAUGCGUGGCUACAGCCCAAAAUCAACCUUUCUGCAUUCUAACAAGGUUCACAAUGAUGCGCCGCGCACUAUAGGCGUGGUGUUCAAAGGAAUAAGAACAUUCUGGUAUAUAAAUGUUAUAAUAUAAACUAUACGGCCAGUUUUCAGGAUAACUUUGGUCUCGUCACAUGCACUAACAUUUUAAAAGUAUAUUUUUAGUUAAGAAUAUAACUGGAUAUAACAAGAGAACACACAACUUGUUCAAAGCAAGGAUAAACAAAAUAAAGGCCCAUUCAGAUCUGGUGCAUUUUCUAUGAAAAGGAACCUUAUUGUAGAUGGCGCUUACGCAGCACGGCGUCGCGCCGCAUUGUAUUUAUAUCGGAGCAUCGUAAAUAAUGGCGUAAGCGCCAUCGACAAUAAGGUCCCUUUUCAUAGAUAACGUCACAUCUAGUGAAUGUGUGCACACGUUUGCUUGAGAUUAAGCACAUUAGGUAUAUAAUAUAUGAACCUUGCAUGGUCACAUUAAAAAAAUCAAUGAUAUUCAUGAAUCAUUUACACACUGAAGUUGCCAAUAUGAAAACAUUUUAAAAUAUAAAGAGCAAUAAAUUAAUGAAUUUUAAGUAUAACUUUUCGAUGCUAAGUUUUAUAAUUUAAAAAUAUACUAUGACUAUAUGUUGUUUAUUUCGUUUUGUUAUCAUUAUUUGUAACAUAAGGUCAGAAAGCUAGUGUAAGUUUCAUUUCAUUUAAAUAGUUUUAUCAUGUAUUAUUUUUCUUGACUUGGAAAUCAAUAAAACAAGUUAUGUAUUUGUAA